GGCGGCGACGCGCGGACGCCGGCUUCCGACCUCUCCAAGAUGGCGCCCUUUCCCGCCUUCCUGCCUCUCCCUUCAAGUUUCGAAGCGGCUCCGCUCCUCCCUCGCUGAGAGAGAGAGAGAUUGAGAGAGAGAGAGGCGUCUCCGCGGGCCAUGGACGGGGAGAGGAGGGCGGCGGGGGGCUCCGCCAUGGCCCUGCCCGUGUUUUACGGGGCUCUGAUGGCCCUCGUCUUGCUGGGAGCCCGGGACGUGCUUUUCCAGUACGAGGAGAACCGGUGCGGCAUGACCUACAUGUUUGAGUAUCCUGAGUAUCUGAAAAUAAAAUUACCUAAGAAAGUAUCAAAACGUUAUGCAGCCUACGAGCUUUAUCUCUAUGGUGAAGGAAUUUAUGCAGAAGAAAAUAGAAAACUGAUGUUAAGUGGGAUUCCUGUCCUUUUUCUUCCUGGCAAUGCAGGGAGUUUCAAACAAGCACGCUCCCUUGGGUCAAUAGCACUCAGAAAGGCAGAAGAUAUUGACUUGAAGUAUCAUUUUGAUGUCUUUACUGUCAACUUCAAUGAGGAGCUUGUUGCAUUUUAUGGUGGAAGUCUACAAAGGCAGACCAGAUUUGUGCAUGAAUGUAUCAAAGAAAUCUUAAAGUUAUAUAAGGGCCGUGUGUUUGCUCCACGCAGCGUUGCAAUAGUGGGCCAUUCCAUGGGUGGCCUUGUUGCAAGAGCACUGUUUACUCUCAAAAAUUUUAAGGCAGAACUCCUCAAUAUCCUUGUAACUCAAGCCACACCUCACGUUGCACCUGUAAUGCCGUUGGAUCAGUAUCUUACUGAUUUUUACAGAGCUGUGAACCAUAACUGGAUUCGAAAGGCCAAAGAAAUAAGAAAUCUGACCACUCUUUCUGUAGCAGGAGGAUUUCGAGAUUAUCAAGUUCGCUCAGGCUUGGCUUUUCUUCCCAGAUCAAGUCAUCAAUACUCUGCCCUAUCUGUUGUGAGUUCAUCAGUUCCUCGGGUAUGGGUAUCAACAGACCAUCUCUCGAUUGUUUGGUGUAAAGAAUUGAUCUUGGCUACAGUCAGAGCUUUUUUUGAUCUUAUCGAUGAAGAUACUAAACAGAUUACAGAUGAUCCACAAAAGAGAAUGCUAGUGUUGAAACACCACUUUCUGAAGCAUCCAGCAAAAUUCUUUGAAGAAAGGCCUGAAUUAACUACUGAACUAACAGAACCAGGAAGAUGGCUUCAGAUAAAAUCUUCAAAAUGGUCCUACACAGGAUAUAAUCAAUCGGAAGGAAAAUAUUUCACUUUUCACCUCUCAAGCCACAGAAAAUUGUAUAGUCAUGUCUACUGUCAAAACAGUAUGUUGGAUACAAACAGUUGGAUAUAUGGCUGUAUAAAUGGUACCUCAUCUACAUGUCUGCAGGCUGUUGAUUUGACUUGGAAAGCUGAACUGCUACCAACAGUUAAGACCGUGAGUCUGAAACUUCAAGAUUAUCCUUCUUUAACUCAUCUUGCACUUCAUGUACCAGCUGUCAAUGGAAAUAAGUUUACCUUGGACUGUGAGUUCUUUAAUGAAGCUUCAAGAACAUUUCAGCUCCCUGUUACACAGCUUUUUACUCUAGGGCUUUCUUCAAGCAAAAUCCUAUUAAAUUCAACUGGCUUUUUUCACAAUGUUCAGCUCCAACAUUUUGGUCAGACACAUCAGGCUUUUAAGAUCCUUAUAGAGAGCCACUGCCAGUCAGUGAAAGAACGAAAACGCAGCAUAUACCGGCUUCAUAUACCUUGGUCGCAUGAAGAUUCCUUCACUUUGUCUCAGAUUCCAUCUUCGACUGAGAUUUCCGCAAAGCUACACAUUGCGCAGCCUGAAAAUGAUACGACUGUUCCAGUGCUAAAUAUCUAUUCUUCUCCGGAUUGUCAACAUGAAGUCACCGUCAAGACCUCUUUUCUGCAAGUUCUUGGACAGGUAAUAAGGUUCCACGGUGGUGUCCUUCCUGUUUACAUUAUUUCUAAUAUUCUUCUUGCAUAUGGAAGACAGUUAAAGUCCCUGAUUUCAACAGGCAAAUGCUUAGAUUUUAUUCCUGCACUGACUAAAGCAGCCAGACCUUAUAAAGUGGAACCAAUAGUCAAUGUCACCAAAUUCUUAUUGGGGCUUAACUGGUUUAAAGGCAUUUGGAACAUAUUGUUCUUGCCAGAGCUGGAUACUGUUACCUUGAGCCACCAAAAUGUGUGGUUUCCUCUCAUUUCCCUGAGUCUCUUUAUGUUUGGGACUGCCAUAGCCUAUUGGAGUGGCAUACUCUUCAAUUUAUCUCUAAAGCUUUUGUCUUCAGUGCAUCUAGCUUUGAUCAGACCCUCUGGACUACCAUCAGAUAACAGUUUGAUUACUCGAAGAAGGUUGUGCGUUGCUGCUUCUAUGAUUUUUCUUAGUUGGACAACAUGUGGGUCGUUGGUUAUAACAAUCACUUACUUCCAUUACAUCUUCAAGAUUAUUAAACUACAAUCAAUAGUAAGAACAGAACUAAGUGUCCUUAAUAUGCCUUCAAACAACGUGGAACAAAAUUCCAAUUAUUCCAAAAAAGAUAUUGGAAAGAACUGUGGAUCCACAGAGGAGCUUUCGCAAUCGUCUACCAGCAGCUCGGCAGUUGAUGGCAUUAUCGAUAGUCUAAAGAUGCAUGUGUCUAUCAUCAAUUUGCUCACGUGGAUUGUACUACUUUGUUGUCCAUCUUUGAUUUAUUGGCUAAAAAAUCUCAGGUACCAUAUCAGACUGGAUCCUGAUCCAUGUAGAACUCUUGCUGUUAUCCUCGUCUCUGUAUUGGGGAUACUCAUGAACACCAAUACUUCAAAACUUAAAUCAAGUCGACUGUUGAAAAUUGCACUUCGUCUUCCACUUCCUUUCUCUGUGGCUGUUGUUGCUUUUGCACCAUUACAUUUAUACAGAGCACCAUACUUGAUAAUCCUUCCUCUUUCUUUCCAUGCAUUAUGCCACACGGUGUGAGACUUUGCCAAAACACAGGGCCAACAAGCAACAGCCAUGGGAGACUGAACACAGGAUGAUCUACGACAGAACGGGGGUGACAAAAAUGCCGUUUACUGCCAAUGGCUGAAAUGGAAACAAUAUUCAGUAUGCAGGAUGGGGCAUAUCUAAAAGUGAUAUCCUGUUUGGACAAUGUGAGGUUUUCUACUGUACUGUUUUCAAGUAUUUCUUUAAAAAUGCUGUAGAACUAUAGACUUCAGUUGCACAGAAGUCUUGCAUCUGACACUGAUAGCAAGAACUGCAGCACGGUUUCGUUGGUAGGAGGGUAAUCAAUUUUAUUUUUAUUUUUUGCCGUUGUGAACUUUUAUUGUCCUGUACACUCUUAUGUUCUUAAGCACAGUGACCAAAAGGAGUCAUAAAAUUAAGUCGCCAAUAAGACAAUCUGAAAGUUCUUAACUCAGUUAUGGGCAGCUGUUAUAGCUUUAUCCUUCCUUGUGUCUAUAGUAAACUAUAAUGCUGUGCUGCUAGACUGUUGCUGGUGACAAAUCCAAAGCUCUUUCAGAACCUCAACAUCGCUGAAAUUAUUAAAAGCUUAGUGUGUCAAGAUAUAUUCAGUGUAAUUUAGUUUAGUAAGGACAGUAUAUGAACAAUUGUAUUGCUAAAUUGCAAAGUCUAAAACUCAGAGCAGAUUCUUGGGUUACUAUUUCGAUACAGAGAGAUUUAUGCUAGUGUACAGAUAUUGGGAAGCUUAUGUGAGGCUGCUGUCCUCUAAAACACACAUUUGCUAUUUCAUGUGAUUUUGCAAAAUCACAUGAAAUAGCAAAUGCGUGUUUUGGAGGAGGGCAACCUCACGUAAGUUUCCCAAUAUCUCAGCAUAUAAAAACAAACUUGUGCAUUUGCAUAGCUACUCUAAUUAGAUUAAUUAUAUUUAUUAAUUCAUUAGAUUAAUUACUUAAUUAGAUAAAGGGAUUUCAUAUUGAGGAUAGCAUCUGACACACAAACUGGUUUCUUCAAGAGCAGUGAAAUCCUAUAUCACGCCAGUAGAGUUUAUUCAUAGAGGAGGUCCUAGGUCAGUGAUUCUCAACCUGUGUGUCCCCAAAUGUUUUGGCCUUCAACUCCCAGAAAUCCUAACAGUUGGUAAACUGUAGGCCAAAACACCUGGGGACCCACAGGCCAAGAACCACUGUCCUAGUGGAUCAUAGAUUACACUCAUUGUUAUCUCUGUUUUUACCAAAUUUAGCAUCAGUUUUUCUUCAUGAAUAUCAAACCUUCCUUUAAAUAGCAUUUUGAAAUUUAAAUCCAUAUACCGUCUCCUAAUGGUGCUACAUCAAUGUUAAAAACAAUAGAAAUAAAAUGGAGGAAUCACCUUACACCAGAGCUAUGCAUUUGCACUCUUUUAUCUUAAAUUAGUUGAAAGUCCCAACAUUAGUCAUGAUUUGUUAUAUUGACUGAUGAUUGCAGUUUAACAACCUCUGGACUAAAGGUGGGAAUACCUGGAAAAAAUGUGUUUUUUCCCAUUUUUCCACCCCAUCCGCCAUUUUUCUGUUGUUUUUUCCCCCCAGACCUUCCCAUCUCUACUCUGGAAUGCCACAGGUUGGUCACUUUUUUUUUCUUAAGUCAGUGGUGUCAGACUUGUAGCCCUGGCUGGGGUUUCUGGGAGCUGAAGUUCAAAACACCUGGAGGGGAACAGUGCGAGAAACACUGGAAUAAGGUAUUUAAAAAACAGCUCUGGAGAGCUGGAUUGCCUCCAAGGCAGUGGAAGAGAAGAAGGAGAGCUUAUAGGGGAACUAUGGGCAUAUACUUCCAUGUACCAAGAACUUCCGGGUCAAAUUUACUUAAUGGCACAGAAUAAUGUGCCUUCAAACAUCCAAGUGUUUUGAAUUUCUGCUCCCAUAAUCCCUUGCCUUUGGACAAGCUGACUACGACUUCUGGGAAUUGAAGGCCCAAACAUUUGGAGGGCCACAAGUUUGAUGCCUUUGUCUUAAAUGGUUCUGGAAUGAUAGAAGAACACAUGCUUCAAAAGAAUCAAGUAUUUCUCUGUUUGCAAAUACAUUUCAAAAGAAUCUGCUCUGAACCAGGAGCCUGAAUGGCAAAUCCUGAUCCUAUAAAACCAUCUUAAGAACUAACACAUUCUCUGGUACCUUACUGCAAGGCAUUGUAUCCAAAGGCCAGUGCUGCACCCCAUCCGUUUGACCACCAGUGACUGUUUUGUAAAUAUGGUACAGUUUGCUGACCUACUUAUAUGUAUCUGCACCUAUGUCUUACUUCAACAUUAUCCAUUGCCUUUAUGCCUAACACUGAUGUUACUGUACAUAAUGAUUCUCUUCUUCCUCCUGGUUCAAUCUAGGAAAGAGACUUUUCUCCCAAUCAAAAUGCAGUACAUAUUUCUGUCCUGCCUUUCUCCUGUUUGUAUCAUUCGUGCCUGAAGUGCCUCAGUUAUUAAAUAGAAGUGUGUACAUAUUAA